GACAAUCAAUUUGAUUGGAAUGAGCUAAAACUUGCAGCAUCGUUGUAUAUGUUUAGCUUUUCCAUCAUCUCUAUGGCAAUGUUAAACUUUUAUAGCAGAAGAUUACAUGUUUUCAAUGGACACUAUGCCUUUUUAGCUGCACUUUUCUUUCUGUUGCUCGUAGAGCGAAGACGGCGACAUCAUAGAUUGCGUUAGAGUUUACGAGCAGCCUGCUUUUGAUCAUCCUGCUCUAAGAAAUCAUACCAUUCAGGUCUGCUUUUUCUUUCAUUCUGAAGUUCUGUUUCACGUUGAAGAAACUGUUUUUUGUACUUCUUUAAACCAUUAACCAAUGGUUUGGCAUAGAUGGCACCUACUUAUGAUCCCACCAUGGAAGAGCAUUCAAAGAAAGCAACAGAAAAAAGGGAAGGGAUGGAGGAAAAGGACUCCAUGGCUGUGAAACAAACAUGGAGGAAAAGCGGCAGUUGUCCCAAAGGAACAAUACCGCUUCGAAGGAUCCGAAAAGAUGUCCUGCUCAAAGCUGACUCGGUAGAACGCUAUGGAAGAAAGAGACCGACGUAUUCGCAUAAAAUCGCUCAGCUUUCCAACAACCAAACCUCGCAUGCUCUGCUAGUGAAUCGUUCGAAGGCAUUUCUGCACACUGAAGGAUACAACUACAAUGCAGCCAAAGGAGACAUUAAAGUCUGUAACCCCAAGGUCGAGAGCGAUGACGAGUAUAGUACUUCCCAAGUGGCUCUACUAAAUGGUGCUUACUAUCAUUUCGAGUGCGUCGAAUCCGGAUGGGCAGUAAAUCCAAGUGUUUACGGAGAUCGACAGACUCGACUGUUCGUGUAUUGGACGGCUGAUGCUUCCCAUAAAACAGGCUGCUUUGAUCUCACUUGCCCUGGUUUUGUUCAAACCAGCAACGAAAUUGCUCUUGGUUCUGCUAUAUAUCCCAUCUCAACUCCAAAUGGGCUUCCAUAUGAAAUAACUCUGUUCCUUUUCAGAGAUUUACAGACAAAUAAUUGGUGGGUGCAAUAUGGGGAAAGCAUUAACAUAGGUUAUUGGCCCGCUGAGUUAUUCCAUGCUCUAAGUCAUACUGCAGAGACUGUCCAGUGGGGAGGGGAAGUUUACAGCACAAAGUUAGGAGGGCCUCCCCACACUACAACAGGUAUGGGCAAUGGAAGGUUUCCUGACUUUGUUUUCGGCAAUUCGGGUUGGGUAAAACGGAUGCGAAUUCGGGACAACUCGAUGGUGUUGAAGUUUCCUGGAUGGGUUGAGCAUUACUCUGAUGAAUAUGAUUGUUAUGACGUCGAUUUUGUCCGAGAUUAUUUAGAAGAUCCUGAACUAUACUAUGGGGGGCCUGGUAAAAAUCCAAAGUGUCCCUAACAGACUUCUACAAAAAUGGGAUGAUCAUCUCUUGCUUUGAUUAGGUUACUUCAUGUAAUGAACAAUAAUACCAUCAAGAAGAAAGUUCUCUCUUUUGUUUCAGAUUCUUACUUGCAACAAUGCUGUCUUUGUUCCCAGAAAGAACUUUUCAG